GUUGUCAUGGCAACGCUACGACGAAACGUUGUGUGCAUGGAUUUCUACGUUACGUUUGCAGUUAUUCUUACGGAAAGUGUGUGUGGCCAGUCUAAAUGUUUUAACGUUCAAACAUUCUACUCUCAAAAAUUGAAUAAAAAGUUUAAUACUAUAUUUGAAUAGUCAUGAGUCGUAAAGAAGCUUUAUCGCAAUUUAUUCAACAAAUUCAUGGCAGACCUGUAGUUGUUAAAUUAAAUAGUGGCGUUGAUUACAGAGGUGUAUUAGCUUGUCUCGAUGGCUACAUGAAUAUAGCAUUAGAACAAACAGAGGAAUAUGUUAAUGGACAAUUAAAGGACAAGUAUGGUGAUGCUUUUAUACGUGGUAAUAAUGUAUUAUAUAUCAGUACACAGAAGCGUAGAACAUAGCUAUGAAAUAAAACAAUUUAUUUAAUAA